CUCGGAACUAAUUAUGCCAGAGCCCAGCGUCAAAGCGCCCAAGAAGGGCUCCAAGAAAGCCGUCUCUAAGGCCGUCAGCAAGACCGGCAAGAAGAAGAGAAAGACCAGGAAGGAGAGCUACGCCAUCUACGUGUACAAGGUACUGAAACAAGUCCACCCAGACACCGGCAUCUCUUCCAAGGCUAUGGGCAUCAUGAACUCGUUUGUGAGCGACAUCUUUGAGCGUAUCGCCGGUGAGGCCUCCCGUCUGGCUCACUACAACAAGCGCUCCACCAUCACUUCCAGGGAGAUUCAGACCGCCGUGAGGCUGCUGCUGCCCGGGGAGCUGGCCAAGCACGCCGUGUCUGAGGGCACCAAGGCCGUCACCAAGUACACUAGCUCCAAGUAAAUUUGCUCGGAUACCCACAACACAACGGCUCUUUUAAGAGCCACCCACUUCAUCUAAAGCGGUCUUCCAGUUAUCAUUGAAAAGCUAUCAAUGUUAAAUACUAUAUAAAGGAAUUUGAAGACGCCAUAGUAACAGGAUGAACUAUUAAAAAAAAAAAAAAUGGGAAGCGAUAAGAAUCUGGUCAUAUACAGUAAGACAGGCUGAGAUACAUAGAGAACUCUAUAUGAGAACAAGAUUAGUAUUAGUAAAGUAUUGAGACACCUU